AGCGGUAGCAGCAACAAAGCGCCGCUCGUCUCAGUCGUCUGAAGCUAUAAAUCAAAGCUCGGUAACUACGUCAGAGCCACGUGAUCGCGAGGAGCGUCUCAGGGUUUGUUGCGGUAUGGCUGAGCAGGUAGAGCCAGAGAGCAUAGGAGUCCUGCAGAGAGUGCUGUCUGCUGCUGGUGUUCACGGGCUGGCCAACACCGUGUGGGGCUACGUGGAUAAAACAAUAAGGUGGUGCUGGAUUCCCAACUGGCUGCCAUCGUGGUGUCCCACGUCAAAGAUCCAGCUCCAAGCUUCAGAGGAGAAGAUGCUGCAAUAUGUCAGCACUGCUUUUACUAAAGAGUUCGUACCCAUCUCCAACGGCAAUCUGUUAUGGACCUUGUCCUUUUGCAGUGACCAUGUUAAAGAUAAAACCCCCAUAGUUCUGAUGCAUGGCUUUGGAGGUGGCGUGGGACUCUGGGCUCAGAAUCUGGAUGAGCUCUCCCAGCAGCGGCCGGUCUUUGCACUAGACUUACUGGGUUUCGGCCAGAGCACCAGACCUGUGUUCCCCACCGAUGCGGCAGAAGCAGAGGAACAGUUUGUCGAGUCCAUAGAGGAGUGGAGGGCCAGUGUGGGUUUGGAGUCCAUGAUACUACUUGGCCACAAUCUGGGAGGAUUCCUUGCUCUGUCAUACUCCAUUCAGUUUCCAGGCAGAGUGAAGCACGUUGUCCUGGUGGAGCCCUGGGGUUUCCCUGACCGUCCGGAAACAUCCGACUCAGACCAGCUCAUCCCCGUGUGGAUCAAAGCUCUCAGUGCCAUGUUCAGCCCCUUCAACCCCCUGGCCAGUCUGCGACUGGUAGGACCGCUGGGUCCCACUCUGGUGCAGACCCUGAGACCCGACUUCAAGAAGAAGUUCUCCUCCUUGUUCAGUGACAACACCGUGUCAGAGUACAUUUACCACCUGAACGUGCAAAGCCCCAGUGGGGAAACAGCUUUUAAGAAUAUGACUGGGCCAUGUGGCUGUGCAAAGAGGCCAAUGCUGCAAAGGAUUGACCAGCUGCAUCCUGAUAUUCCCAUCUCCAUCAUUUAUGGCUCCCGCUCCAGCAUAGACAGCAUCUCAGGCUUCACCGUCAAGAAGAUGAGGCCACGCUCUCACGUAGAGAUCAUAAUGAUCCGUGGAGCCGGACACUACGCCUAUGCCGACCACCCCGAGGACUUCAACCACAGGCUCUUGGACGUAUGUGACAAAGUGGACUGAAGGCAGAGACGAGCUCGGAUAUUGAACUCUGGGGGGGUGGGGGACACAUCACUCUGCCAGCUGCUGUGGAACCCCAGGAUCCCACUUUCCCAAGGAAUAAAAAUAAGUGUUUGUACAUUAAAAAUAUUGCAAAGUGAACGGUGAUCUGCUUUGAGUCACACAUGAACACAUGAUGAAGUACACUUUGUCAUCUGACCAGUGAGUCAGUCCUAUUCUUACAAACUUGGUGAGUGAUGACAUCACUGCUCAGGGCCUGCUGGCCUGCAUCACAUGCUCAUUUUACAGCACAGAGAAGUGCUGCUGCUGUUUGUUAACUUUGCAGGUGAAUUAUUUUUUAAUAGCUUUUAAUCAUGUAAAAACUACAGAGAUAAAAUGAUUUUCUAUUUUUGUAGAAGAAUAGCGAUAUUUUUACUAGUUUGAUAUACAUAAUAGCAGCUGCAGUUAUGACUAAUAAUGAUGAUACAGUUGUUUUGAGUGAGCUCUGUCUGAGGCACGAUCGGUAUUCAGGAAGCUCGAUUACAGUGUCAUAUAUUUGCUGUUCCCUUUGUGGGGUU